AUGUCUUUUGUUUUCUUUGCGUUUGCUCCCAUGCUGUAUGAAGCAGCCCAUGACUCUACAGCAGUCAUAGAGGUUUGUUUGGCUGGUAAGACUCCACUGGAGCAGGCUCGAGUCGACAUGAUUAUGGACGGUAUGGAAGAGAUGGGGAGCAAAGGCUAUGCCGCGUACUUUGAGAAGGACGAGGACAAAAAGAUUGAAAGGACGAAAAAGUAUGAGGACACUUUCCUGCCCCAGUUCUUUACCUGCCUAAAUAACCUGGUCGGCGACAGUUUGCACUUCGUUGGCAAUGAGCUAACCUUGGCUGAUAUCACCUUCUUUAACAUGGCGACUUUGGUGGGAACCUGGAUGAAAGUCCCGGAUGUGGACGAGUUUUCUGGACUGAAGAAGGUCAUGGAGCACGUGACCUCCAACCCUGGGUUAGCCAAGUGGCUGAAAGAACGUCCAGAGACGCCAUUUUGA